AGGAGCUUCCGCUGAGCCCCUAAACGCAGCACGAGAGCUCCUGCGAUGUAGAGAGGGAGAGAGAGAAGAGGAGGUUGAGGCAGAUCGUGGAGAAGCAUGAAGCCCAUCUCUGGUAUCUAAGCUGCCAUUUCAUCUUCCCUCGGUUGUUAGGGGCCGACUGGAAGCGGAGGGAAGCAGCGGGGCAGAGGACAGGAUGGAGGAGAAGAAGCCGUUUCUUUGUGGGGUGGUGGAAGGUUUCUAUGGGAGGCCUUGGUCUAUGGAUCAGAGGAAAGUUCUCUUCCAAUGGAUGCAGCAAUGGGGACUGAACACGUACCUGUACGGCCCAAAAGAUGACCUAAAACACAGACUGUUGUGGAGAGAAGUUUAUUCUCCCGAAGAGGAGGGUCAAUUGCGAACUCUCAUAGUGGAGGCCCAGUCGCGAGGCCUGAGGUUUGUUUAUGCCCUCUCUCCUGGUCAGGAUAUUGUCUUCUCUUCUUCCUGUGACCUGACACUACUCAAACGCAAGCUGAGACAGGUAUCAGACCUGGGUUGCCAAGCGUUUGCGAUUCUGUUUGAUGACAUCGAUCACUCCAUGUGUCAGGCGGACAGCGAGGCCUUUUCUUCAUUCGCGCAUGCUCAGGUCACUGUAACCAAUGAGAUCUAUCGGUUCUUGGGGGAACCACCCGUCUUCCUAUUCUGCCCUACAGAGUAUUGUGGUUCUCUGUGUUCUCCCAGCGUAUCAAAAUCUCCCUACUUGCAGACUGUUGGAGAGGACCUGCUGCCCAACAUAACAGUGGUAUGGACAGGCAGCAAGGUCAUCUCCAGGAAACUGUCUGUAGACUGCCUGGCUGAGGUGGAGUCUGUCCUUCAGCGCCCCCCGCUCAUCUGGGACAACCUGCACGCUAAUGACUAUGACUCCAGACGUCUCUUUCUGGGGCCUUUUAAGGGCCGAGAGCCUCAGCUGAGAAGCCACCUGAGGGGCCUGUUGCUCAACCCCAACUGUGAGUUUGAAGCCAACUACGUCCCUCUGCAUACCCUCGGAAGCUGGUACAGAGCUGGCAAAGAGGAGAGGAAAGACGACGAGUGUGAAUACUGUCCUGAUAGCGCCCUGUCGGCUGCACUACAUGAUUGGAUGGAGGAACUCAACCAACCACUACAAGCAGGUCGACAGAGCACACGUGCAGACCAGCGUUCCUCUGCUCCAACGUCUCGUUGCAAAACUCCUGACAGAUCCGACAGCUCUUCCACUUUGAGAGGAACCUCUACCGUGGCCAAACUUCCUGUUUUCCCUCUAAACUCCAGUUCACCCCCAUCGUCACCCACUAAGGGCAAGGAGGAGAGGGAGGGACGAGAAGGAGAGAAGAAGAGAUCGAACCAGUCUAGUCAGCCCAGUCAACAACCCCCAGGAUCCAGGUCCGGAGUACCUUCAGGUGGAGGCAGGGGACAGAAGGCCCAGGGUAGGGGACUCUGUGGUGGUAAGGGCCUGCUAAGUGAGUCCCAGGUGCGGCUGCUGGUUGGUCUUCAUUAUCUGCCUCACGAGCAUGGCCCUUCUGCCCAGAAACUGCUGCAGGACCUGACCUGGCUGAAAACAAACUGCCAUGUGGUCAGCACUAACAGCAAGAAGGCACCUCCUCAGAAGAUUGAUGAGUGGCGAGGUCGGGCCUCCAGGUUCCUGUCCCUGUGUGAAGACAUAGCACAGCUCCACUGCAGUGUUGUGGCAGGGGCCAACAGGGCUGUACUCUAUGACCUUUAUCCUUAUGUGUGGGACCUGAGGAACAUGGCUUUGGUGGCAAAAGCAUUCAUAUGCUGGCUGGAUGGACGAGUGUUGAGUGACAGCUCCACCCUGGGCACCUGGAGGAACUGCUUUCACUGGUGUGGGAAGUCCACAGGGGCAGACCUACUUGGAGUGGAGUCAGAGCCAUGGGUGUUCAAAGGGGGCGUGUCUGGGGAGGUGCAGAUGCUUCUCCCAAUCGGCAGCAGCAGUGAACUCUUCACUCAUCCUCCUCCUCUCUUCCCUACCUCUCGUCUCUACAACAUCAGGCCCUACCACAGCAAGGACAAGGUGGAGUUGUAUAGGAUGGUGCGCCAACUCCACCUGAGGACUCAGGGUGGCCAUGAGUCCAGUGCUGCUCACCCAGACGUCAUAGGAGACAGAUGUCUUGGGCCUUGCCUGGCAUUGUGCCCCGAGUACAGCUUCAUCCUUGAGGAUGAGCUGGGUGUGUGUGGCUGUGUGUUGGGCAUACUGGAUGUUCGCUCCUUUGCAAAACGGUGUCAGGCCAGCUGGAUGCCUGCCAUGAGGGACAAAUACCCACCCAAGGGGGGAAACACACACCCCAACACACAGGACUUGAUCCAGCUGAUGGAGGAGGACCAGGGAGAGUACCCAGACUCUCUGCUCUAUCACUUCCCCUCUCAGUUGCGACUGGAUGCCCUGCCCGAGCUGGUGGACAUCAGUGUCAGCCGCACCCUCCUCACCGCUCUCCUCACUGCACUCAAGGCCAACGGUUCUCAGGGUGUGUUCUGUGAGGUGCAGCCAACAGACCGUCAGCGGCUGGAGUUCUUGACAAAACUGGGCUUCCUGGAGAUCCUCAGAGGAGAAGCAAGGAGCAGAGAGGGAGUGGUGCUGGGGAGGCUGCUCUGAACAAAACACACACACACACACACACACACACACACAUGGUCACACAUAUACACACCACUGGCAACACAUAAAGAUCCUUGCAACCAUAUCACUGAAGCACUUACACACAGCGAGAGAUGUCAGGAAACACAGUACGUACGGAACGGCUAAGUUUCGCAAGGAAGCAGGAUCUUUAUUUUCUCCCUCAAAAGAGACAAUCCUGAAUUCCUUUGAAUCUGUGUGGCAGUAAUGGGAUGAACCUGGAUAUUCGCAAGGGGUUUACAAAAUAUAAAAUAAACUCUGCAUUUAAAUAUUCAGCAGAGCUGGACUAAUCUCAUUUCGGAUUCCACCUGUGGCUGUGGAUUACAAGAUUUAGUUAAGUCACAAGAUAGUCAACAACAGAAUAGCUUGAGAUGAGAGCAGAGCAGUAGAUCGCAGCAGCUAUAACAUUCUUUAUAUAUAUGUAAGCUUGUCUCCCAAGUGGCCACUAAAAUCAGCUCUUGUAGGCUGAAGUGAAAACAUGUCCGAAACAAGAUAAUUCAAAUGUGCAAUGGGGGUCUAAUCACGUCUACUGUCUCCAACAAUAUGCUAUAUGAGCAAGUGAGUAUUACACAGUGGGCAUGUGCACAUUUUCAGUCAGUGGUGCUGUGGCAUGUAUAGGAUAAUAACUCAAUCAAUGAUCACUUGAAAAUAGAUGUAUUAGACUAUCUAGUUAUUUUAGGAAUUUAAAACAGAAUUAAAGCCCUUAAGGUUUCCUCCAGGGGCUUCUAGUCAUGGGUUUAUUCAGUAGAAUGUGUAUUAUCGUGGAUAGUCAGAGCUGCCCUGCUUAAGUGUCCCUAAGCAAGGCACUAAAUCCUUACACUCCUCAGAGCUAUUCUUCUUGCCUGACCUGACUUCUGGUCUAUGUGGAAAUAUAGGCAAAUAAAACUACAAAAACCAAAGUGUAAACACCACAUGAUGUGGUUAGGUGCUGGACUGUUUCUCAGCCAGGCACAGUAACUUACUGGAUUCUUGGGAUUCUUGUCAUUACAGUAAGGUUGCCAGGCAGCCAGUGGUUACACUAUACACUAUUUGUACAGAUUCAACAAAAGCGAUUUAAUAUGUUACUGAUUGAGCUUUAGAGGUGAUGGUAGGCAGAAUUUGAUACCUUUGAACAGAGUCAGGUGAGUUGUUUCCCCCAGUUUCCAGUCUUUAGAACUUUACCAUACAGACAUGAGAGUGCUGUUAAGCUCAUCUAACUCUCAAUUUUCAAAUUGAGAUGACAUAAAAUAACCCUCUCCUAUACACAACCACAUUUAAGCUGCUACAGAUGAUCGUGUCCUCUGCUCCCUCUGCUUUGUCCAUCAAUAUUUAUUUCAGAAUUGUUGCUGUUGUUUUCUUACUCGUGUCCUGUUGGUUGAGUAGAAUCUGCUGACACCAGACUGGUGGCGCAUUGUCACUGUUUACACUUGCUUAGAUUAGAUGAAUGUAAGAACAUGCAUGAAGAACAAAACAUUAUGUGGCUGCUCACAUAGUAGGACUACACUGACACAAACAAACGUUCAUAAUUUCAGUGAAAUACUCUAACAUGGCAACUUUAAUCAAGAUU